AUGACCAACGGUACAGCCCCGCUCCGAAUCGCCUUUGUGCUUUUCCCGGCCUUUGCGGCCCUGGACGUCUUCGGACCCCUCGGUGCCCUUAACAUGGCCUCGUUCGAGCACCCCAUGACGCUCGCCCUUAUCUCCACCGACCUCGAGCCCAUCAGCAUCGACCGCAAAAUUAUCGACGGCUUCUACCGGGUCGACGUCAUUAUCGUCCCCGGCGGCCACGGCACCUUUGACAUGGAGCUCACCCAGCCCCACGUCGACUACCUCCACGCCCAAAUGGAGAAUCCGGACCUCUCCUACAUCAUGACGGUGUGCACGGGGGCCUCUCUCCUGGCGCGCACCGGCGCUAUGGCGGGCCGCAACGCCACCACGAAUAAGGCCGCGUUCGAAUGGGUUCAGUCGGUGGAGAACGCCACAGAUAUCAACUGGAUCGCCAAGGCGCGAUGGGUCGUGGAUGGGAACCUUUGGACUAGCUCCGGUGUCAGCGCGGGGACUGAUAUGACGCUGGGUUGGCUUGAGCACUUGUUUGGGAAGAAUGAAAGCGAGCGUGUCCGGAUUUACCUCGAGUGGAACAAGCUGGAGCAGGAUGAUGAUCCGUUUGCCGAGCUCCUAGGUUUAGUGUAA